AAAGACCGCCCAGCAGGGCGAAGAGGAGGUUGUGUGGACAAGCUGCUCCUGAGAGAAGGAUGCCACAGCUGAGCCUGUCCUGGCUGGGCCUGGGGCCCCUGGCAGCCUGCCCGUGGCUGCUGCUGCUGCUGGUCGGGGCCUCCUGGCUCCUGGCCCGCAUCCUGGCGUGGACCUACGCCUUCUAUGACACCUGCCACCGCCUCCGACGUUUCCCAAAGCCUCUCAAAACAAACUGGUUUUGGGGUCACCUGGACUUGGUCACGAACACAGAGGAGAGUUUGAGGGAAGUGAAUCAGCUGGUGGCCACCUACCCCCAGGGCUUUAAGUUCUGGCUGGGCCCCACCCUCCCCGUCAUCAAUGUUUGCCACCCCGACAUCAUCCGACCUGUCCUGAAUGCCUCAGCCAUCAUUGUACGGAAGGACGAUAUCUUCUUCAGCUUCAUAAAGCCCUGGCUGGGGGAGGGGCUCCUUCUGAGUGCCGGUGACAAGUGGAGCCGCCACCGUCGCAUGCUGACUCCCGCCUUCCAUUUCAACAUCCUGAAGCCCUAUGUGAAGAUUUUCAACGACAGUGUGAGCAUAAUGCACGCCAAGUGGCAGCGCCUGGCCUCAGAGGGCAGUGUCCGUCUGGACAUGUUUGAGCACAUCAGCCUCAUGACCUUGGACAGUCUGCAGAAAUGCAUCUUCAGCUUCGACAGCCAUUGUCAGGAGAAGCCCAGUGAAUACAUCACCGCCAUCGUAGAGCUCAGUGCCCUCAUACAAAAAAGAAUGCAGGACAUCCUCUCGUACAUGGACUUCCUGUACUAUCUUACCCGCGAUGGGCAGCGCUUCCGCCAGGCCUGCCGCCUGGUGCACGACUUCACAGAUGCCGUCAUCCAGGAGAGACGCCGCACCCUGCCCAGUCAAGGUCUUGAUGACUUCCUCAAGGCCAAAGCCAAGACCAAGACUUUGGACUUCAUUGAUGUGCUCCUGCUGAGCAAGGAUGAAGAUGGAAAGCAGUUGUCAGAUGAGGACAUAAGAGCGGAGGCUGAUACCUUCAUGUCUGCGGGCCAUGACACCAUGGCCAGUGGCCUCUCCUGGGUCUUGAACAACCUUGCGAGGCACCCAGAAUACCAGGAGCACUGCCGGCAGGAGGUGCAAGAGCUGCUGAGGGACCGCAAGCCCAAAGAGAUUGAAUGGUGA